GUGGAAGUAAUAACCGAGAUUAUUUACCUGUACGAAUGCAAGAAGACAAAAAAGAUAAGUUAGCUAUUUGUGGGAAGGUGGCCUUCGGAGAUAAAUUAAAACCCUCAAGAUUGGUUGAAUGGUUUGAAAUGCAAAUGAUUUUGGGUGUCGAUAAAAUCGUUGUAUUUGAUCUUGAUUGCCCAGAACAGAUUAAAAGUGUAUUUAAACAUUAUAUAGAUGAAGGUUUGUUAGAAGUUAUACCAUACUCUCUUCCCGGCAAAGUUCCAGGAUACUCUCACAGAGGAUUUAGAUUAAAGGAGCAAGUUUAUCCCCAGUUUUCACACGAUAAACAUAUAACAGUUUUGGAUUGUCAUCAAAGAUUGGGAGGUUAUGGUUAUGUCUUAGCUGCUGAUUUUGAUGAAAUAAUCAUACCCAGCCAUCACUUUACAUUGAAGCAAUUACUACAGAACUUGACGUCAGAAUCCCCAAAUGCUGCAGGUUUUUAUUUCCACGUUCAGUUUCAUUUGGAAAAUUGGGGCCGAGUUAGAACGGAUAGUGAUAUUUAUUUUCAACAAUAUCUAAAAUCUACCAAACCACGGUGGGAAUGUGAGAAGUAUAUUUAUAUACCAUCCAGAACCAAAUCAACGACUAUACAUAGCUUUCAACCUAGAUAUCCCUUUUCCAAGAAUUAUGUUGAUAUAAAAGAAGCUACUAUACACCAUUAUCGCCAGUGUCCGCUUGGAUGGAAUAAUUGUUAUCCUAAAGUUAUAACAGAUAAACAAGUUUCUAAAUACGAAGAAUUACACACGGCUAAUACAUUUAAAGUUUUUCAUAAACUGAACAUAAAGCCUUAUGACCAUGUAACCCAGACGUCCGAAAUCUAAUGUUUAUAAUUUUUUUUAUCUUGAAGACUAUUCACAAUUAAUGUCUGACUGCUUCCAUAACCUUUCUGUAACUUUUGUGAUGACGGCCUUCGAUCACAAUAGUCUUCAAAACGGCUUCUGGAAGCAUUAGACAUUUCAGAGUCGGACACCUCACGAGAUCGAGAUAAUACCAGCAGUGCCCGACUGGGCCUAAGCCUAUAAAGAAAAAAGAAAAAAAAGAAAAAAGAAAGAAAGGAGAGUGAGAGGAGAGGAAAGAAAAGAAAGAAGGAAGGAGAGGACAGGACACAGCCCUUUCCUAAUGAUAGUACUCUUAGGUCAUUCUGUUGUCUAAUUGUAUUAGGAAAUCAAAAAUUUGCCUUCUUCUGCUGUGGUCUGAAAUGCUUGGGACAUUGGCUUGCGGUUGUCAGUUUUCAAAAUUUUCAUUGGGGACAACCCCCCCCCUCCCACGAGAACCCCUCGGACGCUCUAGCGCCUUCGGCGCGUACUUGUGUGGGCCUUGGUCAAUGACCUGAUAGGUGGGCCUUCGUACCAACAGUCCGGCACUGAAUACCAGAUAUUAUGCCGCGCCCAUUAAAAUGGGCUUCGGUUUUGUUUCCGGAGCAUAUCUCAUAAAUCGUUCAAGAUAUAUUUAUCUAACUUUGUACAGGUAUAAACCAAUCAAGGAGUUGUUCCUUGGAUUAAAUAAUUUAGUGUUUCCAAGGACACACAAUCGACUAAGUUUUUGGUAUACAAUUAUUAUUCAGGAGCAUAUCUCAGAAAAUGUCCAUGGUGAAACCCUGUACACAUUUCAACCUAUUAUACUUUUGUCGAAAAUCAUUGUUAGGCCUACCAACAUCACAGAGAUUACCAAUCCCUGUGCCUUCAAAAGCAUCUUGUCUAUUGUAAAAAUAGCUGCCUUUCAUAUUUAAAAUACAUUAGUUUAUUAUUUCAUAUAUGUAAAUAUAUUCUCUGAUUUUUCAUGGGAGGAAAUAUACUUUUUGUAGACAUGGUUGUUUUUUGUUUUAGUUGUGUGUAGUUUAGGCAAAAAUUUAAGAAAAACUUCCAUCCACUCCAUUCAUUUAUAAGAAAAACAUAUUUGCCUUUCUUGUGCAUAUUGGUAUAGUAAAUUUACUAGUACUACCACAUGUCAUAUUGGUAUAGUAAAUUUACUACUCGACUACCACAUGUCAUAUUGGUAUAUAGUAAAGUUACUACUCUACAACCGCAUGUCAUAUUGGUAUAUAGUAAAGUUACUACUAUAUUACUUCAUGUCAUAUUGGUAUUAAUUCACGUCGUAUUGGUAUAUAGUAAAGUUACUACUCUACUACCACAUGUCAUAUUGGUAUAUAGUAAAGUUACUAUACUUUAUUACUUCAUGUCAUAUUGGUAUAUAGUAAAGUUACUACUCUACUACCACAUGUCUUUUUGGUAUACUGCCAUUUAAAAAUGGCAGCACAUGUAUAUGUAAUUUUACGACCUUUCCAGUCAACCAUUUAAUGAAUUUAUUAGUUGUAGGUAUUUUCUUUUAUUAUUGUCGCACAUGUCUUAUAUUUGCGUGGACUUUUACAUCGUGUGAUCAGUAUCGUUUUUACUUAGUAGUUUUACUUCUAAUUCUUACAAGUGUUUAUAAUUCUUUUAUUUGCUAUAUUCGAUAUCAAUGCAACUCAAAAUAGGAUUUUGGAAUAAUAUUAUGGCCUGCCAUAAAAAAAAAUAAUGACCCUGCGUGCUUUUUUUUUUUUGUUGUUGUUGUUUACAAGUAUGUUAGAUAACAAACCUUUAUCUCUCAACCCUCCGUGUUUCGACAUCAGUAUAUCUCAGCGUUUUUUGUUACGUUCUCGUAGCUAACAAGUAUGUCUGUGGUACUAAUGUAAUUUAUGUAAUUAUAUGUGAUACCGGUACUAAUGUAAUUUAUGUAAUAUUAUAUGUGGUACCGCUACUAAUUUAAUUUAUGUAAUUGUAUGUGGUACCUGUACUAAUGUAAUUUAUGCAAUAUUGUAUGUGGUACCGUACUAAUGUGAUUUAUGUAAUUGUACUAAUGUGGUACUAAUUAUAAAAUGUGAUUUGUGUAAUUGUACGCUGCAAUAAACGAAUCUUAUCUUUU